UCAAACUCAAACCAAUGAAGCUCCUCCAAAAAGAUUUUGCUGCGAACCAAAGCGGCACCGCCAAGAUCAUGCCCGAAGAACCCGACGACGUGUGGCUCCUCUACAACCUCAUUCUCCCCGGCGACGUCGUUUCCGCCGACACCACUCGCAAGGUCCGUCUCGAAUCCACCAAAACCGCUGCCUCACGUGUCAAAAUCACCCUCCACCUCAAAGUCACGUGCCGCGACUUCCUCAACGACUCCUCCACCCUCCGCCUCCGCGGCAAAAACCUCCAACCCAACCCUUAUGUCGCCGCCGGUUCCUUCCACACCCUCACACUCGAACCCAACAAAACCUUCGACCUACGCAAGAAGCUCUGGAACUCCGACGCCGUUGAAGCCCUAAACGAAAGCGCCCAAAAUUCCAAAUCCUCCUCCUCCCUCGCCGUCGUUCUCUUCCACCAAAGCCACGCCGAGAUUUACCUAGUCGGAAACGGCGCCACCACUCGCUUUUCGAACGUCGAAGCCUCUUCCAAUUCUUCUAGGAACAAGGCUGUUUCGUCGACCGUGUUUUUUCGUGACGUUUUCGCUGCUCUCGUGAGGCACGUGGAUUUCACGGUGGUUAAGAGAGUGGUGAUAGCGAGCGAGGCGUCGACGAAGGACGAGUUUCGUAGGUUUGUUUUGUCGGAAGCGAAGAGAUUAAGGAUGACGUGGAUGGAGGAGAACAAGUCCCGCAUUGUGGUUGCAUCGUCGGGGAAAAACGGUGAUUUGGGGGAAGUUUUGGGUGACCGAGCGGUGACGGAUUUGAUAAAGGACAGUAAGGUUGGGAUUGAGGUGAGGGCUUUUAGGGAGUUGUGGGAUAUGGUGUGUAACAAUUCGGAUCGCGCGUGCUAUGGACCGCAUAAUGUGGAGAGUGCGCAUGAGAUGAGGGCUAUUGAGACCCUUUUGAUCACUGAUGAGCUUUAUAGAAAUGCUGACAUUGGGAUUAGGCAAAGGUAUGGUGGUUUGGUGAAAGAAGUGAAAGAGGGUGGUGGAAAGGUUUUGGUCUAUUCGUCUAUGCAUGUUUCAGCACCUCAACUCUCUAUGCUUACGGGUGUUGCUGCCAUUCUUAGGUUUCCUUUGCCUCAUCUCCAAGACUUUGAUGUUUAG